GCAAACCCCGCGGCCUCCAAAUUACGGCGGUUCCAGGCUCUCUCCCCGCCAAUGGCAACCAGGCUAGAUGUCGAUCCUUGUAUGCUCUGUGUAGCUCUAAAUGAUCUGUGAUUGGGGAGGGGGUGCCCUCUUUGACCCCAUCAGGAGCAACAUGCUCAUUUGAAGCUGACGUCUUUCCACUUUUCUGCUUUGGUUUCCCCAACUUUUGUGCUCAGACAUGUCACACUCCAUCAUGUGGAAACAACCAAAAUAUCGCUCUCGCAAGAGAUUCCUACCCCUCGUUCUAGUCGUCAUUCUUCUCUUGAACAUCUAUUUCCUAUGGUUCAGCCCCAUCGCCCACACGCCACUUCCCAUCCGCCAGGGCAAACUCUGGCGAAACCUGCACGCCUUACUCGAGAAACAUGCACCGCAGUGCUCGUCUCCCGACCUGCGCGGCGCCAGCGCAGGAACCCCCAGAUUCGACGCAAACGACGAGUCCUCUCGACGAAACUACAUUGUCAACUCCGAUGACAUUCAACAGCCGUUGCAGAUCGCACACGACGGGUUCGUGCACGACAUGCAGGAGCUAAAGUCCGACCGCGCAUACAACCCGCGCACCAAAGGGAUCGUCUCGGCAGCGGGAGGAACAUACUUGCCCACGUUCCUGGUGACACUGCGCGUGCUGCGGCGGACAGAAUCGAAAUUACCCGUCGAGCUGUUCGUCAAGGAUUACGCCGAGUACGAGCCGUAUAUCUGCGAGAUCGUGCUCCCGCAACUGAACGCCAAAUGCAUCGUGCUGUCCGACGUCCUGUCGACUCUGGACGGGUCUCGAUCCGAGUAUCCGAUCGAGCAUUUCCAAAUCAAGUCCUUCGCUAUCUUGUUCUCCUCGUUUGAGAAGCUCAUCUGGAUGGACGCCGAUAUCCUCCCUCUUCACGACCCGGCCAAGCUGCUUAACUCCGAGCCCUUCUCCUCCGCCGGCCUCGUCACUUGGCCCGAUUUCUGGUCCAACACCGCCUCGCCACUCUACUUCAAUGUGUCUCGUCAGCCAGACCUUCCUCUUAACGCACGCCAAGCGACAGAGGCAGGAGUGUUUCUCGUUUCGAAAAAGACCCACUACAUGACUCUCCUACUAUCAGCUUACUACAACUACCACGGCCCUUCAUACUACUACCCUCUCCUCGAUCAAGGCGCCCCCGGCGAAGGCGACAAAGACACAUUCAUCCAAGCAGCGACCGCUCUGGGUGAGAAGUUCUACACCGUCAGCGAGCCAGUCGUGGACCUAGGGCACCCCGACCGCUGGAACCAGGGGAUAAUCGGCGCCGCGAUGCUGCAGGCUGAUCCGAUGGAGGACUACGCGCUGACGCGGCGCGGGAAGUGGCGAGUCAAAGACCCAGAGGUCGCUAAAGCCGCUCGCGGCUUUUUUAUCCAUUCUUAUAGCCCGGAGUUUAAUGCUGGAGGGGACUUACUGGGAGAGAAGUCACGGAGUAAGGACGGGAAUCCGACUCGGUUAUGGACGGAUUCUAAAGAGGCGCUGGAACGCUUCGGGUAUGACGCUGAGAAGGUGGUUUGGGAGGAGGCGAAGACUGUGAGCUGUACGUUGGAACAUGCGUUUGAUGCGUGGAAGUCGAAGUCGGGACUUUGUGAAGGCGUUCAGAAGCACUGGGAUGCCGUGUUUGAGGAUGCGUCGGCAGAGCUUCCGAAGUUUACGACGGCCUGAGAUAUGAAAUACUCGCAAUUAUGUUUUGUAAAUAGUUGAGACAAGGCUGGUUCCUGUUUCUUUGCAAAGACGAUUUAUUUAUGUCGGUAUUUAUUUUGUUCAUAUUUUUGUGAUGCAGUAUUUAAGCGCCC